CGGCGGGGCCGCGCCGGGAGCCGUCGGGAUGGGCGUCGCGCCGAGCUGCCGGCCCUGGCAGCUGCUGGCCCUGGCCCUGGCCCUGGGGCUGCCGCCGGCCCUGGGGCUGCCGCCGGCCGAGCGGCUGCUGCUGCCGCACGGCGAGGGGCGCGGCGACGCGGCGCUGGAGCCCGGGGACGAUGCGCGCUCGGCGGCGCUGGAGCUGAGCACGGCGCUGCGCUUCUACGGCGCCGCCGUCCGAUCCCUCUACGUUGCCACUAAUGGGAUUAUUGCAGUGAAUGAACCUUCAAGUGAAGAAAAGUAUCUUGGUCAAUUCCCAGUCAGUUUUGGAGCUAUUGCUCCUUUUAUGGCAGACCUGGACACAACAGGUGGACGUGGAAAUGUGUAUUAUAGAGAAGAUUCAUCCUCAGAUGUCUUGCAACUUGCAUCAGACUAUAUCAAAAGAGGUUUUCCUGAGACUACUUUUGAUCCCAGCAGUGUUGUCAUUGUUACCUGGAAGCUCGUGGCUCCUUACCAGACACCGGGAGAAGAUCAUGCUUUGGAAGAAAAGAGAAACACAUUCCAGGCUGUUUUAGCCUCUUCUGACUCCAGUUCCUAUGCUAUUUUCCUUUAUCCAGAAGAUAGUUUGCAGUUCUAUAGUACAUACUCCAAGAAUAAUGAUGGAAAGAUUCCUGCUAUGGUUGGCUUUAGUCAAGCCUCUACAAACUACUACUUUUGGGAGAAGCCAGGAUCCUACAAUGUCAUUGCUAAUGAUGAAGACAGCAUUAGAAACCUGCACAAAAGCAGCAAUGCUGGGAAACAAGGUGUCUGGGUGUUCGAGAUUGGUAGCUCAUCUGACAGUAUUGUGCCUGCCAAGAUCAGCAACGUUUUGAAGAUCCUGGAGUCCAAUGAACAAGACCAGGAGAUUACUUCAAAACCAUUCAUGUCAGACUAUGGCUCCACUGAAAUAAGACAGCAGUAUGUCACCAGUAGUACAGACAGCACAGAAGAGGAUCAGCACCACGUUACAUAUAGUGUUCCUCAGCUAGCUGCAGAAGACUUUCUGACUUCAUACCAAGACGUAACAGAAACACCUUCAACUGAGUCUUUUUACAGUCAUCAAGAUUUCCCAACAGCAAAAGCUCCACCCCGCCAGUUCCAGGUCCAGCAGUUCCCCCCACAGCAACCCCAAGUCAUAGAUGUGGAAGAAUUUGAUGAAGCUGGUGUAGUGUUUCGCUACCACACAGAUGUCCAACAGACCUGUGCUAACAACCGCCACCAGUGCUCUGUUCAUGCUAUUUGCAAAGAUUAUCCCAAUGGAUUUUGUUGCAGUUGUAUUGCUGGUUACAAAGGAAAUGGCAGACAAUGUGUAGCAGAAGGUUCUCCUCAGAGAGUCAACGGGAAGGUCAAAGGAAGAAUCUUUGUAGGCAAUAACCCUGUUCCAGUUAUAUUUGAGAACACUGAUCUCCACUCCUAUGUUGUGAUGAACCAAGGGCGUGCCUACACUGCUAUCAGCACAAUCCCAGAGACUUUGGGGUAUUCAUUACUGCCUCUUGCCUCUAUUGGAGGUAUCAUAGGAUGGAUGUUUGCUGUGGAACAGCAAGGAUAUAAAAAUGGAUUCAGUGUUACUGGUGGAGAGUUUACACGGCAAACUGAAGUAACUUUCCUUGGCAACAAUGAGAAGCUGGUUAUAAAGCAGAAAUUCAGUGGAAUUGAUGAGCAUGGUCACCUUACCAUCAGCACAGAAAUGGAGGGCAGAAUACCUGAGAUCCCAUCUGGCUCAUCAGUCCAUAUAGAACCAUACACUGAACUGUAUCACACUUCUAGUUCUGUGAUCACUUCAUCGUCCACCAGGGAAUAUGCAGUGACAGAACCAGAAAGGGAUGGGGUUGCUUCCACAUACACAGGUGCCUAUCAGUGGCGACAGACCAUCUCGUUUGAUGAAUGCAUUCAUGAUGACUCUCACCAUGCUGCUUCUGCUACUCAGCAGCUCACAGUGGACAGUGUGUUUGUCCUGUAUAAUCGAGAUGAGCAGAUUCUGCGAUAUGCGAUGAGUAAUUCCAUCGGCCCAAUCAGUGAUGGUUCUGCUGAUAUUAAUCGGAAUCCUUGCUACACUGGUACCCAUAACUGUGACACCAAUGCGGUAUGUCGUCCAGGAACUGGAAACCGUUUCUUCUGCGAAUGUUCGAUUGGCUUCCGUGGAGAUGGAAAUGUUUGUUAUGAUGUUGAUGAAUGUUCAGAGCAACCAGCUCUCUGUGGCAGCAAUGCAGACUGCAAUAACCAGCCAGGAACCUACCGCUGUGAGUGUGUUGAAGGAUACCAAUUCGCAGCAGAUGGACAAACUUGUGUUGCUGUUGAAUACGUCGUAAACCAUUGCCAGACAGGCACACACAAUUGUGACAUUCCUCAGCGCGCUCAGUGUGUGUACACCGGAGGAUCUGCCUACAUCUGCACAUGCCUCCCUGGCUUCUCAGGAGAUGGGCGUGCCUGUGAGGAUGUGGAUGAAUGUCAACAGGGCCACUGUCAUCCAGAUGCUUUCUGCUACAACACUCCUGGGUCCUUCAGCUGCCAGUGUAAAGCAGGUUAUCGUGGGGAUGGUUUCCGGUGUGUGUUAGGAGAAGUUGAAAAGACCAAAUGCCAGCGUGAACGAGAAGUAGCUCUUGGAAGUGGAGGCACUUUCUUCCCAAGGGCCAUAAGAGUUGGUCACUUCAUUCCCCAGUGUGAUGAGCAUGGGAAUUACCUACCCACUCAGUGCCAUUCUAGCAGUGGAUAUUGUUGGUGUGUGGAUAGGGACGGAAACGAGAUUGAUGGCACUAGAAGCGGCCCAGGAGUUCGACCACCAUGUCUGAGCACAGCUGCUCCUCCUGUUGUUAUCGGGCCCUCUGUCCGACCAGACACAGUACCUCUGCCACCAGGAACACACUUGCUUUUUGCCCAAAGUGGUAAAAUUGAGCAUGUUCCACUAGAGGGAAACAAAAUGAAGAAAAAUGGUACAAAAGCACUCUUGCAUAUUCCAGACAAAGUCAUCAUUGGAGUUGCUUAUGAUUGCACGGACAAGAUGGUUUAUUGGACAGACAUCAGCGGUCCUUCAAUCAGCAGGGCUAGCCUGCAUGGUGGGGAGCCAACAACCAUCAUCAAAACAGACUUGGGAAGCCCUGAAGGGAUAGCUGUAGAUCAUCUAGGUCGCAACAUCUUCUGGACUGACUCUCAACUGGAUAGAAUAGAAGUGGCUAGGCUGGAUGGGCGCCAGCGUCGCAUCCUUUUUGACACUGGCCUGGUGAACCCCAGAGCAAUUGUUGCAGAUCCUGUGAGAGGAAACUUGUACUGGACUGACUGGAACAGAGAAGCCCCUAAAAUUGAAACUUCAUACAUGGAUGGGACAAACAGAAGAAUACUUGUUAAAGAUGAUCUUGGGUUACCAAAUGGGCUGACAUUUGAUCCUUAUUCCUCAAUGCUGUGCUGGGUAGAUGCAGGUACGAAGAGGCUGGAAUGCAUGAACCCUAAUCAGCUCGGGCGACGAAAGAUUGUUGAAGGAAUUCAGUAUCCUUUUAGUGUUACAAGCUACGGGACGAAUUUAUACUACACAGACUGGAGAAGGGAUGCUGUUGUAGCAGUGGAUCGCACAAUUUCAAUAGAAAAGGAUAACUUCCAGCCUCAGAAGCGCUCUCGUCUCUAUGGAAUCACUACAGCCUUUGCUCAGUGCCCAGGAGGACAUAACUACUGUACAGUGAAUAAUGGUGGUUGUACUCACCUCUGCCUUGCCAUCCCAGGAGGCCGCUCUUGCCGCUGUCCUGACAACACAGUUGGAGUGGAUUGUAUAGAAAGAAACUGAGCAUUAAAAUAAGCUUUAGAGCAGCAUACACCUUUUGGAAAUGUGCUGUAAACAGUUCACUCCUAUCAACACAAUCAGGCCCUAAAGAUAAGUGCUCCAUGCUGCUGACAGCAAGUCACAACGCGCAUAUGCAGACACGCGCACACACACAGAGGCAAUGACUGCUUUGUAGCAGUUAGGCAAGACAGAGCUGCCCAGGUUGGAUCCAACUGCAUCUUGUUCCUUGUAAUAUCUCUUUGCUUUUAAGGUAAAUAUGGAGGCCUUAGUUGCACCUGUGCUGGGCUAGGAGGAAGUGUCUCUUGGCAAAAUUACAGUAACAAAUACUGAACAGAGUAAAGAGGAUGGUGUGACUCAAAUCCUGAGACUGGGUUGUACCUCAGAUCAUGCAGCAGUUAUCUGCACAGUGGCAUUCUUAGCCCAGAAUAUAUGUGCCUGGACCAUACCUCUAGCUGAGAAGCAACCAGGGGGGCCCAAGGAUUAAUAGAUGUGGGUGGGAACACCCAGUAAUAUCACAGAUUUAAUGCCUAACUGCAUUCCUUCUCACUACCAGUCUUUCCACUUCCAAAACUUGAAUCUCAACUUUUGACUCUUGUAUUAUGGAAAUACGUUGUCCAUGUGCUGUGAGGGUAGCUCUCACCCUGGCUUAUGUGAUCCUUUCCCACAGCAUGUGAUUCUUUAUAGAUAAUCAGCUCUGCUUAGUGGAUGUAUUUGAAGUUUCUGUUGGAUUUUAAGAGAUUCCUUUUUCUUCUGUCUGAGGUGGAUUCCUGAGUAGUUUCCUAAAAUCCACUAAACAAACUUUAGGUAUAGACAUCAAUUGCUGAUAGUUCAUUGAAGAAUGGAUAUUGAUUCAUUUGGAGGUGUCUGGUUUUAGAGAGACACACAGUCACAUUUGUUUCUUGAGAGCUUUUAAAAUACUACUUCUGGAUCUGAUUCUGUAAGCCUGAAACCGGUCUUUUGAAUUCUAUCCUAGUCAUCUUUCUUCUUUAGAAAACAAUGCCAUGCCUUUUCUUAGACCAUGAGAAACCGUGGCAGUCAAAAAUCUGAUUUCCAGGAAGGUCACCUAUGUCUUGGUGCUUAAAAGAAAAAAGAUGCUGAUGCCCCAUUUGUGUGUCAAUGUUCAGUAACAUCAAAAAGGUGUGCUGAAAAUCAAUACAGUAACAUUGGAGUGGGGAGGCAAAAUCAAAAUGCAUAUUCUUAUGUCAAAUUAGCAGUAUAAAUCUGGGAGUGAAGUUUGGCUUCCACACUGUGUAUUGAGAAGGAAGCUUACCCACAAGCCAACCUGCAGCAGCACUAAAAUCAGGGCUAGUGAGCCUUCUGCCAGAACACAUUUCACAAUGUCAUGAUCAGAGCAGUAAGCUAACAUCCCCAUUUCCUCCACUCCCUCUUCAGACACUACAGUAACAGUUUUAAACAGAGCCAAUUCUGAGUCUUAACUGUAACAUCUUCCUCCUUAACUGUAUAUUUAUCAUAAGAUAACAAACCAUAUAAACAUUUUAAAGAUUUUUUUAAAAAUAACUUUUUAUAACUUCCAAUUGAUUUUAUUCUUACACUUAAUCAGGUAUGUCUUACUGUAAAUAUCAAAAAAAUGUGUUGAAAUGAAGGUGCUUGAUAACUCUCCAGAAUUGUUCACAUAUCUGGUGAAAUAUUAAAGUUUACACUCUGUACAGGUAUCUACAGUACAGUCAAUAAAAUGUUUUGGUUUUUAUUUUCUCUAAAAAAAAAAAAGUCAUGCCUGCAGAAGGAAGUGAUAUGUGGUGUCUCAAAUCUCUUCCUGUUGCGUUCUGGGUUUUCACUAACUCUCAUAUCUAGUGAUGAUACUUCUCUUCUAAGAUGCAACACUACAGGGGAAAAAUCUGCUGUCGGGACUUUUGUAUUUUGGAACCAGUAAGAUACUUUUAAUCAAAACAAAUAUGGGAGAGCACUUAAAGAAUAUACAGCUUCCUCUAUUUGACACAGACUUUUUACUCGUUGUUAGCUCUUGUUUGACUUUGUCAGGUUAUAAUUCAGUUAUACCAUACUUCACACUUCUACAUUAGUGGAAAUAUAGGGCAAGGACUAGAUUACAUGGGGGACAGAACUUAUCCCUCUGUUUGAAGAUGCCCUGGUGCUGAGUUUCUAGGUGACAGGGUUUUUUGCUGCCUGGUGCCACAGCUCACAGGCUCUCUGUGUGGCUGCAGGGCAAGUUGCAAGCGAAGUGAAGUGUGGCCUGUUGAAGGUGGUGAUGCUAAGAUUUAAACUCACCUUUAACGGCUACGGUGCCUCAGGGGGGAUGGCAAAAGGCUCUGUAGUACUGUGUAGAUAGACAGCUGGAGAACAGUGUGUCUGCCAAGUGAGCAACUGGAAGGGUGGACAGUGAGGCAGCAAAGAGAGCUACUGGGAUCUAAAGGGUGGUGGGUGGAGUUACAGGAGAUUGAUGUUGAUCUAUGCUGGGGACUACACAUGGAAUUGGAAGGAAUUGGGCCUUUAGUUCGUUCUUUACUGUAUGCUUUGAUUUUUUUCUUUUUUUUAUUUUGAUCCUUUGAAGUUGAUCAUUGCCUGCUUUGUAUUUUGACCAACACAAUAUUCCUCUUUGUGCAUUAUGACAUUUACUAAUUUACUAGACCCCAGUCAGCUAAUUCUGUGCUAAGUAAUGAGCAAUGACAAAGAUGUCAAGGAAAAUACACCUCAGCAGAACUUCUAGUGUUAAUGUGUGAGCUCCUUCGUAGUCUGUAGGGCAAAGAGAGAAAUGAUAUUACUAUAGACUGAGUUUUUAGGCUGAGUAACUCUGGUAUCAUAUCUAACAGUAGCUAGCACUAGGUUAGGGGAAGCUUCAGCAGAUCUGGGCCAGCAGGGUAGAUGUGGGAGUCUGCACAACUUCGAAGCACAACUUCAGCAUUCCAGUCCCUAAAAAUGAGGACAAUGAGCUCAAACAUCAGGUUUUGUUUCUUGGCAAAUACUUGUUGCUAGCUUCAGCUGUUGUAUCUCUAUGUCAGAGCGCAGCAAGGACAAAGAUGUUCCCUCAGGGAAAAGCCAGCAGAAUCAGUGGCUUCACCAGCAAGGGACCAGUCCCACUGUACCCAAAGCGAGGCAGACAGUGCUGAUGAGGGUUGUUAGGUUCAGCCUAGAGGCCAGACCACCAAGCAAAUUUGUAGUGACAGGGUAGGUCUGAAGUCAAGUUGGGAGAUCAAGUCAGGAUCACGAUCAUGUCUGGACAUAGUGACCAGGAUCAAUGAUUGCCAGGCAAGUCCAUGGUAGUGAGGCAGGCCUGCAGUCAAUCUGGGAAGUUGGCCAGGACCUGGAUCAAUGGGGUGCACAGCUGUGGCACAGCUCAGCCAACAACCAGGGUGAGAGCCUCGGCUUUAAAGCAGCCUUGAAGGGAAAGAGGGUUGCCCUUGCUGAGGCCUCCCAACAGAGCUGUUUGGGGAUGAGCCUCUGCUGAAGUUCCUUCAAGUUCUCUUCAUAUCUUCUGUCAACUGGCUGGCCUUGAACAGGCAGCUAAGCUGCUAGUGGUUGGAGGGUGCUCUGGGUCCUCUAUUCCUGUACACGUUUGCUUUCUCAUUGAACCUUGCUAAAUCUUUGGCCUCUGAAAUCAUCUGUGGUGUUGAGUUCCUUAUUUUCAUCACAUUCUGGGCAGGAAUCUCAUCCUUUGAUGAGAUUUGCCAUUAGCCAGUCUAGCAUAUCUGCCCAGUGCCUAUCAUAUUUUUUCAGUUCAAUGUUCACAAGUAUUUUGAAUGAUAAAAAUGUGAAUUUUCUGUUUCGUUCUUCAAGGCCUAGAGUGCCAAUGGCAUCUUUUUUAAAUAACAGAGGGUUUUUCUUUUGCUGACCUGGGUCUAAUUCAUCUACCCUAUCCUUUUUCUGACUGUUGCUAGUAGCGUCUGACUGUUGUAGUCUUGCUCAGGAGCAAGUAAAUUUCAGAUAUAUUUUUACAUUGUGUUUUGGGUUAAAAAGGUAAAGGAAAACAAGGUAUGUUUUGUUUCAUUAUUAACAUUAAUUUUGUAUUAUUAUAAUAGGCUAGGACUGGUAAUCAUGUCAGUCUCUUGUUGAAGAAAAGAUUCAGUGUGUUGUGGCUUAGCCCCAGUCAGCAACCAAGCACCACGCAGCCACUCACUCGCUCCCCUCUGGCAGGUUGUGGGAGAGAACCAGAAGCGUAAAAGUGAGAAAACCCAUAGGUAGAGAUAAAGGCAGUUUAAUAGGUAAAGCAAAAGCCACGCACACAAGCAAAGCAAACCAGGGGAGUCAUUCACUCCUUCCCAUGGGCAGGCAGGUGCUCAGCCGUCUCCAGGAGAGCAGGGCUCCAUCACGUGUAAUGGUUACUUGGGAAGACAAACGCCAUCAUCACUCAGAACAUCCCCCUCUUCCUUCUUCUUCCCCCAGCUUUAUACGCUGAGCAUGACAUCAUAUGGUGUGGGAUAUCCCUUUGGCCAGUUUGGAUCAGCUGUCUUGGCUGUGCCCCCUCCCAGCUUCUUGUGCACCCGGCAGAGCAUGGGAGGAUGGAAAAGUCCUUGACUAGCGUAAGCAGUAAUUCCAACAACUAAAACAUCUCUGCAUUAUUAACACUGUUUCCAGCACAAAUCCAAAACAUUGCCCCAUACUGUCAAGCAAAUUAACUCUAUCCCAGCUGAAACCAGGACAACUAACUACAGUUCACCUUUUUUGCUAUUAAAAAUGGCAGAUUCUCAGGUUUUCCAGGAAAGGAGAACAAUUGCUUCAAUGGUUAAACAAAAGACAAAAUACUCCUUACUCCUUAGAUUUAUUCCAGAGGUAAGUUAAAUGUUUUUUUAAAUGCUUCCAUUCAGAUCUUCCAGCAGACAAAAAUAUUUAAUGGUAAGACCAUUAGUGAUGUUUAUCAACAAAGUAAUAAGUUGCAAAACAGUGAAUCUACUGAAAGUACUACUGGCUUCCUGAUGACUUAGUAGGGUGGUUCAGCCACCUUUCCAUUUGAACAGUGUUUGAAAACCCCAACUUUACUCACUUUUUAACCUGUAAAUUUUUCCCUUCUCAUAGUUAAAAUCCAGUGUGGCUUUCUGAAACCCAGCGUCCUGUCCAGUGUUGUUCCAAGCUGGCAAACUGCUUACUCUGCAGUUCUCCAAUUGCACAGUUGUGUCACAACAUAUUAGAUUUUUAACUUGCAGGCAUAUAAUUAAGGAUGACAGACGAUUACUAGAGGAUAAUGGCCCCUUAAUGGCAGUGUCGCAAUGCAUCAGUUUAACCUAUGGUUAAAUGCAAACUGGUUUUUGUGUAGUAUUUUAUAGCCUAUUGCUUGGAGAGCUCUCUUUAAAAAAAAAAAAAAACAAAACAAAAAACCAAAAAACACAGGAUGUGAAAAGUGUAUGGCUAUAGAGAAUACAGUUGUGAGAAGUGCCCUGCUUGGCCAGUCUGUAAGAACUAAAUAUUACCUCCAGAACCUGAGUCCCCAGCUGGGGAUCUGGCAGCAGUUUGUUCAUUGAUUGAAUCACCUCCUUUGUUUAAAUUCUAUUCCACUUGAAAUCUUUCCUUUAUCUUAUAAAUAACUUUAAGACAGCAUGUCAAUGGAAUAGGUGAAAGCUCAGUAUGUUGUAUCCUACUAAUGUACGUAUUGAUGACUCGAGCUUUGCUGGACUAACAAAAGGCUUAGCAGCCAGUGGAACACAGUGAGUGGGCUUCCCUGCUGCUUUAUGGCAAAGCAGAUGGGGCUGCAGGAUCUUAACGGUCUUCUGUUUAUUUUCCAGAAGGAUUCUGGAGUUGAUGAAUGGGGACUGACUGCCAUUCCCUCAAAUAGCCAGGGUGGUAUAUUUGACCCUUUGGCUUCUUUGUCUUAAGUAUUCACCAGAGCCCAUUCAGUUUGUGGUGGUGUUGCUCGCCCUGGGCAGGCAGUGUUUCCCAGCUGAUGGGGUGCCUAGAACACCCAGGAAGCACACAGAGGAGCUGCGUGGUGCGGUGCGUUCAACAUGAGGAAAAUGGCCUGCUGUACAGAUGUUGGUGGGGUCUGCCAAGUGGCAGCUGUGGAUCUGUCCCAGUAACUUGCACAGCAGCGUUGGGGAUGACGGUGGAAAUCUUUCCAGAAACUGAGUGUAGGGCUAUGGAGAAAGGGGAAAUGUGGUGGAAGGGGACUGAAGAGGAAGAUUCUAAGGGGGUGGACGCAAAUGUGUGUGAAGUUUGGGAGGUGGGGGGAGCAAUUAGCAUGACGGUGGUUGUACUGUGAUUUUGUGGUCUUCAAUUAGUUCAGCAGUAUGCUGCUGGGAAUAGGGCAAGGGAGACUAAGAUGCAGAGUUGCUGAGUUACAGUGGAUUUUGGAAACCCUUCCAGUCUCUUCCUUUCCCACUAGAACCAGAAUAUCCCACCGACUAAAGCACUCUUUUCAGGCACUAUGGGAUAAACUGGGAUCCCAGAUCCAAUUCUGUUUGAGGACAAAACCCAAGAGCAUGAGGUUUUGUUCUUCCCACCUCUCUUCUCUGCUUUAUGCAGAUAAGAAAGCUAAGCAGAUAAGCCAGAAGAGAGUAAUAGUGCCGGCCAUCCAGCUUCCUACCAGAGGGAGAGCAUGCUGCCGAGCACAACUUCCCUCAUUCCUGAGACAGCCCCAGAUACCCUGGUGAGCCACUGCUGGCAUUUCAUGGCACAGCUGCUCUCCCAAGUUAGUACUCCCAAAACGGUUUCUAAUCCCCACCUGUACCACCUCUUCCAGGACUAGAUUGUCUAGCUAUGACUUGCUGUGCACAUUAACUGUACACCAAGUGUGUCACAGGGGUCUCUUUAAUAAAGAACAACAACAAAGCACUAGUCUGCUAACAAGCUGCUAAACCUAUCCGGCAGCUUGAAUCCAAGUGUCCCUGUUGACAUCUGUAAGCAUGAGAUUUUAUUCCUUUGCAUUAUAUUACAGGCUGUCUUAUUGGUUAUUAACCUUUGAGCAGAUAUAUCUCAUGCAUUUUUAAGUGAUUGCACUGUAAUUAAUCAUUUAUCUUAGCGGCCUGUUGUCCUUUCAGGCAUACAUGUCUGGGGAAAUAGCAAACUACACAGCUAAUUUCUUUCUCUUUCAGUCAGAAUAUCCUUCUAGGCUCUUGGCUCCCAAGUGGCAGUGCAACCGUGACACUGAUUUCUUCAAAACAGUGAAAGACUGGUGCACCGCAAUCGGUUUCUGUGCUUGUAUGCCUUGUAACUCAGCCGUCAUGCUGACAGGCCACGCUGACGUUUUUAGCUGACCUUAACCUGCAGAACCAAUGGGUUUUGCUUUACAGUUGUUUCAGCCUGAAUCCUGGCAUGUCUGCUAAUCCUGCACUGUGUUACACCCAGUUAAUAAGGCAGAGUAUGAAGUCUGAUAUGGUCUCUGUAUCAAUUAAGUAAAAUGCAUUUCGUCCUGGGAAAAAAGAACUUGGCAUGAUGUACCUUCUCCAGAUAGACGUGUCUGUGCUCUGUCCUGGCAGGAGCAACCUUCAGCAAUGACAGAUGGCUGCGGUCUUCAUGUGCUUUACCCUUGUGGUUGGUGACUUACACACAGUCCUCUAUCUGGUAGACUUUCCUGAUUAAUUUUAUGAACUUGAGAGUCUGGACUUUGCCAGUAAAGAUGUUUUUAAUAUUAGCCAUUGAUUAAGACAGAGAGGAGGAAAUUGUUUCUCUCAGCGGAGGGGCUGCCACAGAUUUGUGUGCUCCCUGUGAAAGCUCAGUCCUCACUGGGUGUUCCCUGGAAUCCAAACUUUUCAAGUACAAGUUGGCAGUACUCCUAUUUGUCUGAUCGUUUCUUUGUCUGCUAGAUUGGCUUCCUGUGAGAAAUGACAUUAGGAUCUGAAAACCUGUAAAUUAUACAUUUGUUCUGAUACGGUAUUUUAUUACUAGUAGAGCAUAAAAAUUUAGCUUCAUUUUAGUUCUCCAGCGCUGGGACAAAUUUAUGUUCCUGCAAUUACGCAACUUCAAUUUUUCUCAUUUUCAGCUUGAUUUUCACUUGAAUGAAGAAUCACAAAGAGGGGAUGAGCAUGUUUUUAUAUAAAAACUCCUUAAGACGUUGUUUUAAUGAGCAACAAAUGUACAACAGUUAAGGGACACACAAUAAGAGUUUGUUCACAGAUUUUUAUCAAGAAUAAUGUUUUCUCCUAAAGGCUCAGCUCUUACACACAUGACCCCCAAUAACCUUGACUCCAAAAGGCAAAAAAAUAAAAUACCAACACACAUGAUACUAAUUUCUCCCAAAUUUAUGUUAACUAUUUGCCUCAUUAGAAAUUUCAUACAGAAAUUUAGAUUGGAAGGAACCUCUGGAGUCUGUCAAGUCCCAGGCCCUGCUCAAAGCUGGGACAACUUCCAUGUAAGAGCAGAUUGCUCAGGAACUUGUCCAGUCAACUCCUGAAAUCUCCGAAGAUGGAGAUGCUACAGCCUCCCUGGACAACAUAUAUCAGUAGCAAACCCCUUUGGUAUUGAAGUCCUCAAGCCCAAUGGGAAUGUCCUUUGAUGCAACUAGUGACCAUUGCUUCUUCUCCUUUUCCUGUGCAUCUGUGCAAAGGGUUUGGCUCAAGGUCCUUUCUCCAGGUAGCAGAAGACAACAGUUGCUUCACCCUUUCCUCAUGUGCUCUCUAACCAUCUUAGUGGUCUUCAGUGGACCUUCUCCAGUUUGUGAAUAUCUUUCUUGCCCUGAGGGCCCCAAAUGACCCAGAUGGACUCCAAAUGUGGUCUUAUGAGUCCGGAGUAGAUGAAUGUAAUUGUCUUGGUACCUGACCAGGGCUUUGACUUUAAUGCUUGGGGUUCUUAAGAAGAACUGUCUAUAGAGACUGUUUGGUUUCUUACACUAAGGUUACCUUUGGGGAGGGGAAUGGGGGAAGGUUGGUGUUGGUUUUUCUCCUGGUCAUUCUGAAAGCAUGUUUUUCUUCAUGGGUCUGCAUUUCUGUUUUAUAUGAGCCCUUAUUCCAGCACACAAAGUAGGUAUUUAUCCAUUUGUUGGUCCUGUUUUCAGUUCUUAGAGCUAACGUGGAGGGGCUGCACCACUACUCCUCUUCACUGAAAGCCCUGGGACUGAUGGAAGUCCUGGAAAAUCAGAGCUGUACUCAUUCUCCGUGUGUGAGGUAAAUUAAUCCACCAUACUGCAACUUUAGAAACACUGGCGUGAACACAGGAGGCUUCUUACUGUCAAAAUGCAGCUGAAAGGCUUUUAGAUAUGAAAGAGCACAGCGCUUGGAGGGACCUUCACUGGGAAGGGUGCUGUGAGACAGGCAAAGAAAUGUCUCAUCUAAAGUUCUGCUGGGGCCUAGGCAUUGGGCAGGGUCUGCUCCUCAUUCCUUUCACCUGAUUCACUGAGCAAUGACGGCUACUGGUACCGUUCAGUGUCAAGGGAUGUUCUGUGCCCAAUUACUAUCUGCUUAUAAAUAUUUGGUAUCAAGUGAUAUCAGCAGCUUCAAGCUCACUAGCAGGAUGUGAAAAUUUUGAAACUUUAGGUGGUUAAAAGGAAGAUUAUUAAUGUAGGAAUCAGGUCAGCAGCUCUGCUACCUGUCAGGUAGUCUUAAAGUGUGAAGUUCAGGAGCCCAGCCCUCAGGCUUUCCUGCAAAGGUAUACAUGCUGCAGAUGGCAGCGGGGUGGGCCAAGCGUUUUCUCAAAAGAUCAGUAGGGCAAGAGGACCUUCAUCUAACCAAUUUGUAUUACAUUAAAGUGAAGUCAGGAUUAGUGCUGUCACAGGAAAGGGAGCCUUGUGAAAUACAUUUAAAUUAAAGAUUCUGUCACUUCAGAUACUAACAAGGCAUAAUACAAACAAAAUAGUUAUUCUAAUAUAGCAAUCGGAAAUAUAAUAAUGGGUUUGGAGAACGUGGAAAUAGUCAUGUGUUGCAGAAGGCUAUGUCAGAAAUGAGAUUUCUUAUUUUCUGUAUCUGUCUGUAUUUCAGAUUCUGUAUUUGUUCCACUGAGUUGCCAUUGGUCUCAUCAGCUCAUGAGUUGUUUAAAACACAAUCAGUCCAGUCACAGGAUAUCAAAACAUUCAGCUGCAAAAUACAGCUGUGUGCAAUAUGCCUUCAGGCAAGUCACAGAAUUUAAUCCUUGCUGUCAAAGUUUAUCAUCAAGUUGCGUAACACAAGCAGUGUCUUAAACUACUGUAUUAGUGUCAUUAAGUUAAAUAGCCACCUAACUACACAGUUCAUCAUCCUCAAGUUAGCCAUAGUGUCGUAUACGGUUCAGGUAUCAUUUUCUUAACGCAAAGUUGCCUCAUAUCACUUAGGUUACAGUAAUUUCUGAUUCGGUGUUUCAGGUGGAUAGGUAAAUCACUAAUUCUAAAGGGAGAGGCUUCAAGUACAGUUUCCUUAGGUGCUUGUCCAUUUUCAUGGUUUGAGAGGCUUUCCAGAGUUGUGCAAGAGAAUAAUCUUUUGUUCUUUGUAUUUUGGAUCGGUGUGCUGCCUGCAGCCCCAAGAUGCAUCCAGCUGCAGCUGCCUGAAAUGGAAAACAGAUCAGACAUCAGAGGAGGUUUUUUAAGGCUCCUUGUAAUUGUCUGGAUCCCACAGCCCAGUCACUUUGCUGUGCAGUCCCCUUACAGCAACUCACAUGGCUGUAAUCCUAGUGUUUUAGAGGGGAAAAAAGUAAAAGCAAGGCAAGUCGGUAGAAAAUGUGAGUUACAAAUUACUUUGAAUUGAUCUGUCAGGCAGCUGUUGAAUGGUUUAGAGUAUGCUAGCAGUUACAAGCCCAGGGUCUGCAGGAGAAAGACUACUGACAUCAGCAAAGUCUACUUGUGGUGGGCACGCUGAUUUGUUAUACUUGUGCAGAAUAAGAGUCUGAUUUGUGCUUGUAUGUUCAGGCAUCACUGACAAAAACCUGAGAGAGAGAACUCUCAUAAAUUACAGCUAAACAACCCUGAAGUCAUGAGUUUUGUCUCUGACUUGGACUUCCUUCACAAACAGCGUAGGUAGCUCUAAAUACCUCUCAUUAGCUAUCACUAGAGCUGAUCAAAAGGUCUCAAAAGGACUAUUUUUUUAAAUUCAGUUUUAAUUACUCCUUUCCCCCUUGUGACACUGGUAAGGAAGGGGGGUUUGUUUUCCCACCAUUAAAGCAUGCUUUUAGACUUGCCAUGCAAACAGUAAAACUGAGUUCAAGUCACAUUUUCUAGUCAUUUUACAGCAAAUUUCUGCAUAAAUGAGCUUUAAUGCUCCUUUUCCAUUGCUCCUUCCUCUUUUUCCUUGCAGACAUGGUUUUUACUCUUGCUAAAUGACGACUUUAAAGUGUAUUGAUUCAGCAAGUAAAGAGUUAAUGUGCCCCGGUUUUCUGGCUAGUGAAUGACUGACGUCCCCUGGUGCCUUAUUUAUUAGCAGAGCUGGGAACAGUGAAGCAUUGCAGUAACCGAGUUUUCCGUUUGUCCUUGUGUUUAAUUACACGGGAAAAGGAGGAGUAAAGGCGAAGGAGAAGACGCUCUUUUUCAGUGCACAUUCAUGCCUGGAUCCCAUGUUUCUUCACUGCUCUUGUACCCCUUCAUUUUCUGGCAGUUUUCCUCACAACAGCAUGGCUCUGCAGUAGCUCUCAAAUGAGAGGUAAAAGACCACGUCCCAAGCUCCACAGCACACAGGAAGUGUUUCAUGUUUUCCAGAUGAGCUUUUAUAAUCUUUGUUGCUUGCUCGGUUGGACAGUGGUGGUGGUGGUUGCUCUCUGGAUGCCCCUUUGCAUUUCUCCUUUCCGUUGCCCCCCUACUUUUAGAAAGGGUAUUUUGCAUUACUUCAACCCUGGCUCACAUUUCCUUGGUUUCAGUUAGGUGCUCUGUAGUUCAUUGCUUCUGUUUAUGCAAGAAUCCACAUCGAAGACUUCAUAAUUCCCUGUUUAAAAGAUCAUACAGAGAUCAAAAGUAAAACUUGAAAAGCCAAAUCUCUCUGGACAAUAGCUUACCCAAAAUAUCAGCAAGAGCUGUAAGAGUGAGCAUUCAGCAAUUCUGAAUGUUAUUUUUCGAUUAAUGCAGGUGUGGUUACAACUCAUGUAACCGGACACCAUCUAGUGGGCAGAAGGUCAAAAAUAAUCUGAUUACAGUCACGCAUUGAUCCAUUCCCUGCGGUUUUUUCAAAUGCUUAUGGUAGGCAAUAUAUUGAAUCGUCUUGCUGAAGAUCUUUCUGUGAUCACAGACCAAAGAUUUCUUUGCUGUAGUUAUUCACAAACUCAGGAAAUUAGAAGUCAGCUUCUUGUUGAAUUAUCUAUUAAUAGUUUGCAACGAUCACCUGUGUAUUUAUCACUUGAAAUGAUUUUCCAACGAGUAUGAUCAAUCGCUAUCUUGUUUAGGAGUAGUCUGAUGUGUAGAAUGCAGUAAUGUACUUGAAACCAGUUGGUUCCUGGGUGUGCAUGGGGGAUUUUUGUUUGGAUUGUGGGUCUGGGGUUUUUUUUGUCUGCUCUGAUUUGAAAGUGUGAACUAUUUGCUUAUGAACAACUUUGCAAGGGAAGUACUGCGUAGGAGUUGCAACAUGUGCUUUGCCCAACAUUUGCUUAUAAGUUCACACAUUCAGCUGUCCUGAGGUUACUGGAGAGUGCAAUGUCUGAAAAAUGCAAAAGACAAUUCAGUGUUUGGUUUGGAUGUUUAUACAAACAAACAUUUGUUAAGGUACUACCUUUGUUUUUUUUUUAACUUCUACUUGCUUGUAUGCUGCAAACAGGAUGUUGAGUAACUCAUUUUGUGUUGGCCAGCACAGCACGAUGGAUGAGUUGUGAUGGUUCUCAGCUGAGAGUAUGGAUUCCUUGUGUUACUCUCUUCUUAGCAGAAUAAAGCCAAAUGUAAAAAUAAAGAACAAAUUUCAACCUUAA